AUGGGGUGUGAUGGUUUAUGGGACGUGAUGAGUAGUCAAUGCGCUGUAACAAUUGCUAGAAAAGAAUUGAUGAUUCAUAAUGAUCCUGAGAGGUGUUCUAAAGAGCUUGUGAGGGAAGCGCUUAAGAGAAACAUGUGUGAUAAUUUAACGGUUAUUGUGGUCUGUUUCUCAUCGGAUCCGUCCCCGUGGAUUGAGGUGCAACCGCAAAUGGGACAUAGGAGGAGUAUAUCUUCUGAAGGGAUUAAUUUUCUAAAGGGCGUUUUGGAUGGUUAUUGA